AUGCCUUCAGUAACACCGUACCGCACUACCGGGAAACGGCCUCGUACCCAGUCUCUCCCCCCUCCCGCUCUCCCCCAGCUCGUCGCCGAACAACACGUACCCGUGGCUCCCAGUGACAAGGAUAGCCAGCGGUUAAUCGUCGUCCUGUCCAAUGCCAGCCUAGAAACCUACAAAGCCUCUCACGGAGGUGGUGUCGGCCGCAUGGGUAUGCAGCGCGAGGACAAGUACUCGCUCCUCAAUAGCGACGAGCACAUUGGAGUCAUGCGCAAGAUGAACCGCGACAUUAGCGAUGCUCGGCCCGACAUUACGCAUCAGUGCCUGCUCACCCUCCUAGAUUCGCCCAUAAAUAAGGCUGGGAAGCUGCAGAUAUAUAUCCAAACUGCCAAGGGCGUUCUCAUCGAGGUGUCGCCGACCGUGCGCAUUCCUCGGACCUUCAAACGGUUUGCGGGCCUCAUGGUUCAGCUGCUCCACCGCCUGUCCAUCCGCUCGACGAACUCGCAGGAGAAACUUCUUCGGGUCAUACAAAAUCCCAUUACGGAUCACCUCCCGCCAAACUGCCGCAAGAUAACGCUGAGCUUCGACGCAAGCACGGUGCGCGUGCGAGAUUACAUCCAAGGUCUCGGGCCCAAGGAGAGCAUUUGCGUCUUCGUUGGCGCCAUGGCCAAGGGCCCUGACAAUUUCGCCGACGAAUACGUGGACGAGAAGAUCUCCAUCAGUCAGUAUAGCCUCUCGGCUAGUGUCGCCUGCAGCAAAUUCUGCCAUGCCGCCGAAGACGUGUGGGACAUCCUGUAA